GCGGCGGGGAAGACGGGCGGGUGCGGGGCCGCCCCAGCCCCGGCUUCCUUGGGGAAGCGCUCUUCCUCCGGGUGUGCGUGCCUUCGGCUGCUUUGAUUCGGCUCCGGAGCUAAUUCCCCGGCGGAGCAGCCCCCGGCGAGUCCGACCCCUCCCUCCGGGCCCCCUCCCAGCCCGUGCCCCGCCGCCUGGGCUCUGCGUGUGGGAAUGAUGUGCGCAUUGAGGUAGACGAUGGACUGAGCAGAUCCACACCAUGGAGUCUCGGGUCUUACUGAGAACAUUCUGUUUGAUCUUCGGUCUGGGAGCAGUUUGGGGGCUAGGUGUGGACCCCUCCCUGCAGAUUGACGUCUUAACAGAGUUAGAACUUGGGGAGUCCACGACCGGAGUGCGCCAGGUCCCGGGGCUGCAUAAUGGGACGAAAGCCUUUCUCUUUCAAGAUACUCCCAGAAGUAUAAAAGCAUCCACUGCUACAGCCGAACGGUUUUUUCAGAAGCUGAGAAAUAAACAUGAAUUUACUAUUUUGGUGACCCUGAAACAGACCCACUUAAAUUCCGGAGUGAUUCUCUCCAUUCACCACUUGGAUCACAGGUACCUGGAACUGGAAAGCAGUGGCCAUCGGAAUGAAGUCAGACUACACUACCGCUCAGGCAGCCACCACCCUCACACGGAAGUGUUCCCCUACAUUUUGGCUGAUGAUAAGUGGCACAGGCUGUCCUUGGCCAUCAGUGCCUCCCACUUGGUAUUACACGUCGACUGCAAUAAAAUAUAUGAAAGAGUGGUGGAGAAGCCUUCCACAGACUUGCCUCUGGGCACAACGUUUUGGCUGGGACAGAGAAAUAAUGCACAUGGAUAUUUUAAGGGUAUAAUGCAAGAUGUGCAAUUGCUUGUCAUGCCCCAAGGAUUUAUUGCUCAGUGCCCAGAUCUUAAUCGCACCUGUCCAACUUGCAAUGACUUCCAUGGACUCGUGCAGAAGAUCAUGGAGCUGCAGGAUAUUUUAGCCAAAACAUCAGCCAAGCUGUCUAGGGCUGAACAGCGAAUGAAUAGACUGGAUCAGUGCUAUUGUGAAAAGACUUGCACCAUGAAGGGAACCACCUACCGAGAAUUCGAGUCCUGGACAGACGGCUGUAAGAACUGCACAUGCCUGAAUGGAACCAUCCAGUGUGAAACUCUGAUCUGCCCGAAUCCCGACUGCCCCCUCAAGUCGGCGCUUGCAUACGUGGAUGGCCGGUGCUGUAAGGAAUGCAAAUCUUUAUGCAAAUCUCAAGGAAGGUCUUAUUUUAAGGAGAACCGAAAUAUUGUCCACUCUCUCCCAGGCUGUACAAUAUUAUGGGUAUGCAAAGAGCAGACCAUGAAGCUGGUGGAGAGUUUAGGCUGUCCCACUUUGGACUGUCCAGAGUCUCAUCAGAUUACCUUGUCUCAUAGCUGUUGCAAAGUUUGUAAAGGUUAUGACUUUUGUUCCGAAAAGCAUAACUGCAUGGAGAAUUCUGUCUGCAGAAAUCUGAACGACAGGGCCGUUUGUAGCUGUCGAGACGGUUUUCGGGCUCUUCGAGAGGACAAUGCCUACUGUGAAGACAUCGAUGAGUGUGCCGAAGGGCGCCAUUACUGCCGUGAGAACACGAUGUGUGUCAACACCCCAGGCUCUUUCAUGUGCAUCUGCAAAACUGGGUACAUCCGAAUUGAUGAUUAUUCGUGUACAGAACAUGAUGAGUGUAUCACAAAUCAGCACAACUGUGAUGAAAAUGCUUUAUGCUUCAAUACUGUUGGAGGACACAACUGUGUUUGCAAGCCAGGCUACACUGGGAAUGGAACUACGUGCAAAGCGUUUUGCAAAGAUGGCUGUAGAAACGGAGGAGCUUGCAUUGCUGCUAACGUGUGCGCCUGCCCGCAAGGCUUCACCGGACCCAGCUGCGAAACCGACAUUGACGAGUGUUCUGAUGGCUUUGUUCAGUGUGACAGCCGUGCUAACUGCGUUAACCUGCCUGGAUGGUACCACUGUGAGUGCAGAGAUGGCUACCAUGACAAUGGGAUGUUUUCACCAAGUGGAGAAUCGUGUGAAGAUAUCGAUGAGUGUGGGACCGGGAGGCACAGCUGUGCCAAUGAUACCAUUUGCUUUAACCUGGAUGGUGGAUACGAUUGCCGGUGUCCCCACGGAAAGAACUGCACCGGGGACUGCAUCCAUGAUGGAAAAAUUAAGCACAACGGUCAGAUCUGGGUGUUGGAGAAUGACCGGUGCUCUGUGUGCUCCUGUCAGAAUGGAUUUGUAAUGUGCCGACGGAUGGUCUGUGACUGUGAGAAUCCCACGGUGGAUCUUUUCUGCUGCCCUGAAUGUGACCCAAGGCUGAGCAGCCAGUGCCUCCAUCAAAAUGGGGAAACCUUGUACAACAGCGGCGACACCUGGGUCCAGAAUUGCCAGCAGUGCCGCUGCUUGCAAGGGGAAGUGGACUGUUGGCCCCUGCCUUGCCCGGAGGUGGAGUGUGAAUUCAGUGUCCUCCCAGAGAAUGAGUGCUGCCCGCGCUGUGUCACCGACCCUUGCCAGGCCGACACCAUCCGCAAUGACAUCACCAAAACCUGCCUGGACGAGAUGAAUGUGGUUCGCUUCACUGGGUCCUCUUGGAUCAAGCAUGGCACCGAGUGUACUCUGUGCCAGUGCAAGAAUGGCCACAUCUGUUGCUCAGUGGAUCCACAGUGCCUUCAGGAACUGUGAAGUUAACUGUCUCACUGGAAAUUCCUGUUUGAAUGUUCUUUCAUUAAAAAGACCGAAAAAAAAAAAAAAGUUAAAACUUAAAGUGGAUGAUUUGUGGGCAGCUAAGUGCAGCAUUGUUAAUAGCUGAGUGAACUUUCAAUUAUGAAAUUUGUGGAGCUU